UCGUUUUUUAUUCGAUCUUAUCACUUUUGGACCACAUAUAUAAUUUCCAAAGUGAAUCCCAGAAUUAAGUUAAAUAUUCUAUCGACCUCCACCGUAGAUAAGUAAUAUAUAUUCUGUCCUUUUCGUACUUCUUUUCCGAAAUUGAUUCCGGGAAGCGUCGUGUUGGAAAGAAACAAAAUCAGCAAAUUACCCAGAAAAGAACAUAUAUAUCUAGAUGGCCGGAGAUAUACCAGUUCAAAGUCCGGCCGGGUGAAGACUCGAGUAUGGUCGAGAGCUUAGGCUUUAGAGUGCACUGCGUGCCAGGCUGUUGACACCUAAAAUUAAUUCGGCCGAAAUUAAAUGCCGCAUUAAUUAGUCUCGACAUUUAAUUCGAUACCGCGGGUAAAAAAUGGUGUCGUUGGGAGUCGAGCGGCUUCGCGAAAUAAAAAGAACGGUACCGCAAGGAAGCUCAGCGGUGUCGCGGUACUGGAAACGAUACCGAAAAACAAAAGAGGGCCGCACGUUUAGUUGGGUGUUGGAGAAGGAGUUUUUCUAAUUAAUUAUUAUUAUCUUUAUUCCUUGUCGGAAGGGAAAAACCGGUACCGCAUGGAGACAAGCGGUAUCGCGGAGAGUAAAACGAUGCCGCGGAUUAAAAACGGUACCGCGAGUAAGCCCAACGGUACCGCGGUACUAGCAAACGACAGUGUUUAAUAUAAAACAAUGUCGCAAGAGGAAAAACAGACGGAGCCGUUGUGGCGCUAAUGAUGUCGUUGGCCAUGGCUAGUGAUGGCCGGAUUAAUUAAUUAAUAUUUUAAUGGCUGUUUAGGACGGCAUCGUUUAGUUGAAAACGGUGCCGCAAGAGGAAAGAAACGACACCGCGGAUUUGAAAACGAUGUCGCGAGUAGGUCAAACGAUGUCGCAAUGGUUAAAACGACAGUGUUAAACAGCAUCGCAGAACUAAAAAACGAUGUUGUUUAAUUAAUAACGGCGUCGCGAAGUGAGAGUUUGACGGCGUGUCAACAAUGAUGGCUGGUUUAAUUAAUUAAUAUUUUAAAGAUUAUUUUAGACGGUGUCGUUUAGUUGAAAACGACGCCGCGAGAGGUAUUAACAACACCACGAAUAGAAAACGACAGUGUUUAAUAUAGAACAAUGUCGUGAGAAAUUUCACAUAAACGGUGUAGAAACAACAUUGUUCCGUGGAACGACACCGCGAGGAUAGGAAACGACACUGGUUAGCCAAAAACAACGUCGUGGCGAGAGUUCAAUUUUGACGAUGUCGUGGACUCGAUGUCGUUUGUUUAUCAUGUGGACAGGGUUGUUUGGAGGAUCGAACCGUGGUGGAGGAUUGUCGAUUUUGGUUCAGUGUCGUUUUGGCCAAGUUCCAGCGUGUCCAGGCGGUUUCGUACUCGUGGGAGUUACGCAACAAGGAGGGAGUUAUCUGUCGUUGACAGGAAUGACGAACGUGGGAGACAACAGCGUGAAGGCGGUUACUACGACUACGUGGAGAAGAUCGAGGUAUAAAGAUCGAGAAGAGAGAGAAGCAGAGGACGGCAAAAUCAAAUCACAACUGCACCGUCGCAGAAUUUAUCUUUUUUUCUCUCUAGUUCGUAGAACUGCUCAGUCAAAGUCCCCAUUUGCAGAGUCUUAGAUCGUAGCUUGUAGUCGUAGUCGCGGAGCUCUCCAGAGGAACCUCCAUAGGAGUAGAGGUAACGUAACUUAGAACACUCCCGGUUUGGUUUCUCGUUUCUCGUUGAACACCCUCGUUCGAACGUAGUUUGGAGAGGUGGUGAACCGAGUAACGGUUGUUUGAUUAGAAGUCAAAGGUGCAUUGAUCAAAUCAACAUCGCCGACGCCGGCGGUGGAUAUUUGACAGUCAUCUUGGUUUCUGUUUAAUCGAUCAAAUCAACGACGCCGACAUUCGGCGACAGUUAUUUGACGAUUGUGAUUGACUUGGUAUUUUUGUCUCCUUGAAUACAGAGCGCAUUGAACGCGCGAGUUUCGCCAACGAAACACAGGGGCUCCGGUAGGCCCGCGGUUGGAAUUUUGGAGCUUCGGCCGGGUCAGGGUCAAUGACUCCUAUUGCCAUUGCUUCAGUACAGUUGAUUAUUCUUCAAAGAAUUAAUCCUUUUUUUCUUCUUCUUCUUUGAUCAAUAGGACCCUUUCCAUCUAUCAACAGUGAUUACAUGUGGGCAUCUGAGUGAGGAGAGGAGACUAAUCAGACAUCCAGUUUCAUUGUAUUUCUAGUUCCAACUCUAGUUUCAUCUAUUAGUUACUCUAUUAUUGUCAGUAAAUUUAAUUUACCAAAUACAAUCUGGAUGGCUUAACCGUACCAAGAUCGAAUAGAUGACCUUUGACUACUAGGGUUAUAUUUUCCCACAACCAAACAUGUCAUAAUCUUAUCACUCGAAUCUGCUGAGCGUUUUAGUACCUUUUUUUUUAUUUUAAUUACCAAACCAAAGUCAUAAUUUAUCUUAUUAGGGGUGGGGCCGUGGGGAUUAGAAAAUGACUUAGUCGUAUGUAAUUAAUACUCAUAAACCCACUACUAUAUAUAUUUGAAGUUAAUUGAUUAAUUAGCUGGAUUCCAUUCCACCCCCUUUCCCUCCGUUAAAGCUCCAAAAAAAAAAAAGCUCCCUGAACUGAAAGUGAUCGAGAAUAUAUAUAGCAUCUCUGCCACCAUAGAUAAAUGGCUUCUUCUUCUUCUUUCAGUAGUAGCUGCGUGUACUACGGGCCAUGGGAGUACGACGUGUUCCUGUGCUUCCGUGGCGAGACGCGUGGCUCCUUCACCAGCCACGUCAUGGCCGCGCUGUCGGACAAGAAGAUCCGGACCUUCAUCGACACCAUGCUCGGCAAAGGUGAGAGCAUAGCGGAGCUUCUUUCCGUCCUCAAAAGAUCGGCGGUGUCGGUGAUUAUAUUCUCCGAGAGGUUCGCCGAUUCGCCCUGGUGCCUCGACGAGGUGGCCACCAUCGCCCGGAGCAUCAAGGAAUUCGGCCACCGCGUGAUCCCGGUUUUCUACAACGUCGACCCGUCGGAGGUCGACGGCGACACCGGAAGCUACGCCGCCAUGAUCGAGAAGCACGACGUCGCCGGUACGAAGGUGAAGUUGAAGUGGAGGAAUGCGCUCAAGGAAGUCGUCGAUAAGGCCGGCCUUACUUCCCACGAGUUUAGGUGCGUAAUUACCUAAUUUAUCGAAAAUUAAAUUUAUGAAAUUCCCAUUUCAACGUAAAUGAAGGGUUGGUUUAAAUAUAUCAUUGGAUGGAUUUUUUUCUUCCUCCGUAGGUGUUAGGUUGCUAAUACUUAAUUUAAUGGGUAGAUGUUAGGUUGCUAAUACUUAUAUAAUUUAUAACAUGAUGCUUAAACUAACUACAUUUAAAGUAGGGCUGGCAAUUUGGUCUAGGACUGUUUGGUUUUACCUGAAACCGGACCGUAUAAUCCAGACCGCGACCGGACUGGGACCGGAUAGCAAACAAUCCAAUCUCAUAUUCGGGCUUAGAUUUGAGGUAAAAAAAACUCGGAUAAGAGACCCCAAUACUCAAAUACCCACAAGCUCAAUCUAAAAUCAAAAUCAAAUUGGGACCGGACCGGAUCAAGACCGGAGUGUAUCCAAUCCAAUCUUUGGUCCUUAUAUUCCCGAAAAGACCGGACUGGGACCGGAUCAAUUUGGUCCAAUUUAACCGGACCGCACCGUACAGCCACCCUACAGUUAAGUUAACAAUAUGAUUAUUUUGUUUUGAUAAUUUUUAUUCCAACAAGUUGAUAAUAAUUCAUGUGAAUUUAAAAUGGGUUGAACACUCGAAAUUAGUGGGGCACACACGUGUUGCGAAGUGCUUUAAUUCCUCGUCACGUGUCUCACCACAAGUAUCAUGAAACAGAUGACCAAAUCCAUAUCAGAAACACAACAACACCAUACAUACCAUAACGUGGAUAAAACCUCAGCACACCACAAAAUUCAGCAUAUAUUCAAGAAAAACUUAAACCAAUCUAAGUUCCCCAAAGCUUACCAAAAACCUUAUAAAGUAAACCAUGAGUUUCUUCAAAUAAUUUAUAAAUCUCAUAAAGCAUAUCACAAAUUUAGUAAAGCAGGCCGCAAGUUUCUUAAAGCAUAUCACAAGUUUCUCGAAACAGACUAAAAACCUCAUAAAGAAUACUACAAGUUUAUUACAGCAGCUCAGAAACCUCAUAAAGCAUACCACAAUUUUUUUAAGCAAACCAAAAAUCUCAUGAAAUAUUUUUUAAAAUAAAUCAUAAACCUCAUAAACUUGAACCUAUAUGUAAAUUAAAAAAAAAUAUUAAAACUCUGCCAAACUUCUUUCCACGCUCUUUAAUUAUUAGUCCACUUGGCGGCUUGGCCCCUUUCCCUUUAAUAUACUCCAUUUAUAACAUUAUAUCUAGGAUGGAAAUUACCUACCCAUGGGUAAUUAUACCCAAACCCAAGUAGACCCAUUGAUAAUGGGUUGGGUAUGGGUGAAGUGCAUAUGGAUUUAGGGAGAGGGGUUACGGUGCUAAUUGUACAAUAGUUAGCACCGUACUAACCAAGGGAAAAACUACUACUAGUUUGAAUUAGUAGUGAUUUAGCUUAGAUGUUGUAUUGAUUUUAUAAUAAUCCGUAGUGAUUUUUGCUAGUUAUCACAGUGCUAACCCUUAUAGGGGUUAGCACCUAAUCCCAUCCCGGAUUUAGGGGUUUGUAGAUGAGUUUGGGUAAAGGUAUGAAUAUUGCUUCCAUAAUCUAAAUGGCUAUGGGUUGGAUAUGGAUAUCCAUUUACUUGAAGGUGUUUUAACUACACAUGCAAAAAUUGGACCUAUUUGUAAAACUUGAAAAGUUUAGGUACCAAAAUGUAAGACCAAAAAAAAUUAGGUACCAAAACGUAAUUUUCCAUCCAUAUUUUGAGGACUUAUAUGCAAAAAAAAUUAAAUUUAGGUACUACAUAUGCAUAUCUAUUAAGUUUAGGUACCAAACUGUAAUUUGUAUUUGGGUAUAGGUACAAAACCAAAUCCAUUUGUUAUAAACCCAACUAGGGAUGGCAACAAAACCCGAACCCACGGGUACCCACCCGACCCAACCCGGUCAACGCGGGUAAAAUUUGUGUUGACGGGUUUUGGGUCGGGUUCGGGUUUAAACCCGCUACACUAUUCACCGGGUCGGGUUGGGUUUGGGUUUAGGUAAACCCGACCCAUGGGUACCCGCCCACACACAUAUAAUUACUAUCCCGGUAUAUUUAAUAUUCUAAAUAAUAUAUUUUCCUUAAACAAUUAAUAUUAUUUAUGUUUAUGGAGACAUCUAUAAUUUGCUCUUUCUAAUUGUUUAGAAUGAAGUUGAUAUUAUGAAGUGGAGAGUGAAGAAACUUAGUUGACGAGGAAGGAGCUUUCAAUUAAUCUUUUGUUUAUAGAUGUUUAACUUUAAUUUUGAACAAUUUGUAUUGAUCAUUUGCGGUUUGCUUGUAUGCUCUAGAUUGGUGUUUUUUGUAUGAUUAAUUUGUAUGAGAAAAUUGAUGUUAAACUUUUAUUUUGAAAGAAACUUGUUAUUGUAAAUUUUUUACCACAAAAACCCACGGGUACCCAUGAACCCGCGGAUACCCAAUGGGUUGGGUUUGAGUUUUUCAAACCCAACGGGUUUUACCCCGGGUUUUUUUGGCGGAUAAACCCAUGGGUUUGGGUUUGACAAAACCCGCCCCAACCUGACCCAAUGCCAUCCCUAAACCCAACCCAACCCAACCCAAAGAAAAUGGUUAUGGGUACAAAUCCAUCAAACUCUACCCAUAUCCAUCUAUUUGGAUUUCAUACCCAACCCAAUUGGGUUGGAUAGUAAAAAACCCAUGGGUAUGAACAAAAUUGUCAUCCCCAAUUAUAUCUGGUCAUAUAUAGAACAUGCCUUUAUUUAGUUUCAAAUUAUUGUUAUCGUACCCGAAGGAAAAGUUCAUAGUACAAAUUUCCAGACUUAGGAUAGGAUCGGUAACCAUUAGUUACUGACUUAUAAAUAAUUAAAUCUGGACCUUUAAAUCUAAGUGGGUCCAGAAAAUUCUGAUCUAAGGGUUGUCAAUUAAAAUCAUUUUAUUUUUUCUAUUUUCUUAAUCGGCUCUUAUCUUCUUCGUUUUAACUCGAAUUUCGAUUUUUUUUUGCACAGAUAGAACGAGUUCGUUGUGCUCUACAAAAUGAUAUCAAUUUUCAAUAUAUUUCGAGAAACUUU